GAGGGAAGGGAGGGCUUCAGUGGUAGGGAGUGUUCAGUGUGUGGGUGACCACAGCGUUUGUCUCCCAAGAGAUUUUUGCUUUAACUCUGCAAUUCUGUAAACACCUCGACCAGACCGAUUCUGAAUUUUUGGUACAAAAUACCCUGCAAUGUUUUUCUGUAGCUCCUGGAGAUCUGGGAAGGUGUGAUUUAUACAGAUCUAACAUGCAAAGAGAGAUGGGAUGCUACGGAAAACAAACUACUGGUGUGCAGCACGUCUCCCUUCAGAUAUUAGUAUUUUCUCGGCGUGUUCCUGUGACACAAAGAGAGGAACAGGACACCAUUUCAAUGGAACAGCGACACCAUUUUCUGUUUGCCUAAUAUCGAGUGGAAGAAGACAAAAAAAAAAAAAAGACACAGCCAAAAUUGAACAAUGACUUGUUCUGCUUUGCUGGACAUGCUAAUUGUCUUCUCCGUGAUUGGUUUUUGUGUAACAAAUGAAGUGUGGGCGGUGAGGCAGAGUGUGGAUCUCCACGAGCCGACCAAAAAGUCACACACGAUGCGACACCGCCUAAAGCGUGGCUGGAUUUGGACACAAUUCUUUAUCCAGGAAGAACAGCCAGCUCCCCAAAAUAUUGGGCAGCUCAAAUCAGACUCUGACAAAGGGGACCUUUCUAUCAAGUACGUUUUGUCAGGAGAAGGUGCUGGGGACGUGUUCCAUAUAGAUGAGUUUACAGGCAAAAUUAUCACUUUGAGGAAGCUGGACAGAGAGGAGAAGGCCUUCUAUGUCCUCCGCGGCCAGGCUUUAAACAGAAGGACCAAUCAGCCGGUGGAAAUGGGGUCAGAGUUCAUCAUCCAUGUCCAGGACAUAAACGACAAUAUGCCACAGUUCAUAAAUGAGCCCUACGUGUCCAGCAUUCCCGAAAUGUGUCCUGUCGGGACCACAGUGGCGCAGGUGACAGCCACAGACGCAGAUGAUCCAUUGUAUGGGAACAAUGCCAAGCUCAUCUACUCCAUACAGCAGGGGGAGCCAUACUUCUCUGUGGAGCCCAAGACAGGUAUCAUUGUGACAUCAUGGCCCAACAUGGACAGGGAGACACAAGAGAAGUACCUAGUGAUUGUGCAGGUGAAAGACAUGAUGGGUCUUUCUGGGGGCCACUCUGCCACAACUACAGUUACCAUUAGCCUGUCUGAUGUCAAUGAUAAUGGACCUACAUUCCAACACAAUCUCUUUACCUUUGCCGUGGCAGAGUCUGCCCCUGUGGGUACCACUGUGGGCAGGAUUAUGGCCGAUGACCCAGAUGUUGGCAUCAAUGCCAGGAUGAACUACAGCUUUGAGGAGGCGGACGGCAGCGAUACCUUCCAGAUCCGCACCGACCCCGUGACACAGGAGGGGGUGAUACUGCUUGUCAAGCCUCUGGACUACGAGAGCAAGAAGCGGUUUGUAAUGGCUGCAGAGGCCUUCAAUGACAAUGUGGACACUCGCUUCUUAAGUUAUAACGAGUUCCGUGACCGGACGACGCUGAAGAUAUUUGUCGAGGAUGUGGACGAGCCGCCAGUGUUCACGACUGGGGAGUACGAGUGGAAAAUUCAGGAAAACAUGGCGGCAGGUACGACGGUGGGCGUCGUAAGUGCCAGGGACUCAGACGCCGCAAAUAAUCCCGUUAGGUAUUACAUUGCUAAAGGCUCUGAUAUGAAAAGAGAGUUCAAAAUAGACCCAGACAAUGGAACAAUUAUGAUUGCAAAAUCCCUGGACCGAGAGGAUUCAGCCUGGCACAAUUUAACUGUUACAGCCAAAGAGAAAAAACAAAAUUUUCUAUUUUCUUCUGCACUGGUUUUCAUCAAAGUUCUGGAUGUAAAUGACAAUGCCCCUCAGCUCUCCCAGGAGUACCGGCCAUACAUCUGUGAAGGGGUGCAGUCAGGUGAGCUCGUCCAGGUAAUUAGCGCAGUGGACCAGGAUGACCCUCCAGAGGGCCACCAUUUCUACUUUUCCAUGGUUCCAGAAAAGCGCAUCAACCCCAACUUCACCCUGAGGGACAACCAAGACAACACUGCCAGUAUCCUGACCCGCAGGAGUUCUUUCAACCGGCAAGACCGCACCCAGUACCUCCUGCCCGUUGUAAUUACCGACAGUGGCAGCCCGGCGCUCACCAGCACUGCCACCCUCACCAUCAGCGUGUGCAGCUGCCAGCCUGCCGGGCACUGCCCCACUGGGGGCGUGGAGGCCUUCGCUAUCUCCAUGGGCCUCAGCGUCCCGACGCUCAUCGGAAUUCUGGUCUCUCUGCUCACGCUCACAGUCCUGUCCAUACUAAUGCUGGCGGUGUGGAAACACAGAAAGCAACGGCAGAAGAAGGAGCUGGCCCGAGAGAAGGGGACCGAGCGGUGGGAUUACAUUUCAGAAAAGGUCCUGCGCUACUCGGAGACGGGCGUCGGGGAGGCCGAUUCGGUGGCCUGCCGCACGGUGCCCCUGAGGCCCCACCCGCGGCGGAGGGAGCGGAGGCUCAGGAGGGAGGAGGUGACGGCCAGCAUCCGCAUGUCGCUCCGCCACUCUUACCUCAUCGGCCCCGAGGACGAGGUCUUUCAGCAGUUCAUCCUGGACCGGCUGGCCGACGCCGACAACGACCCCUGCGUCCCGCCCUUUGACUGCCUCCACAGCUACGCCUUCGAGGGGACCGGGUCUCCCGCCGGAUCCCUCAGCUCUCUGGGCUCCUGCGCCUCGGAGCCCAACUUCGAGCGACCCCCUGACCCAGGGCCGAGGUUCAUGCGGCUCGCACCGUGGACCGGGGCUGGAGAGGAGCAGACGACGUUCUGAGAGAGCCCAUUAAAAAAUGAGUGGGCCCUGGUUCUCCCCCAUCCACCAUACAGUAUCAGGACAGCUAUAUAUGCUGAUUUAAAACAAUUAUUAUUAUUAUUUUUUGCUUUUUUAUUUUUUUUAUUUUAUUUUCUAUUACACACAGUGCCUUGAAACUUGUCUAACAAUAUGUAAAGGAGGCUAACUUCAGUUUUGUCAUAUUACCUCAGUAUUUAUAAUAUUUAAGUACAAAGAAAGUUUGUAUCACCUAUUUGCUUUCCAAAGAUAGACAUGGAUUAAUAUAAAUGUAGACGUAUGAAUGAAUCUGAAAUACAAGUGCAAAACUGGGUCGCGGCAUUACACAUUUCUAAAUCAGUACUGCUGCUUACUGUGAUUCCAAAAAUAUGAUAGGCUCUAUUGAAACAAAUCUAAUCCAAUACUAAUACAUUUCCGACAAACAAACUGUAGAAAACCACCUUGCGUGAUAAAUGUAUAAAAUAUUGAUCAGUACCUGAUGUGAGUCAGUGUGCAGUAACGGCUUCGCAAUUGUUUUUUUUAUUUUUUUAGGACAGCAGACCGCUCUCUUUAUGCUCUUGUUUGGACUUUAAUCAGACAGGGAAAAAUCAGAAAGGGCUAUAGAUAGAGGUGGGAUUGCAGUACAGAAUGUGCCAUGGUGGGGUAAUUGAAAGCCUGGGGAAUUUGAAAACCAGGUGCUCUACAGACUGAGCAACACAUUCUUGCCGCGGAUCUGUAAUAAUAUUUCAGCCCUUCCAUCAAAUGCCAAAAGCAUUGUUCAGGUUUGCAACAUGCACAGUGCCCUUUAGGUGUAAUGCUCCUCCUACUUCUGGUUACCGAUGGCAGACAGAGUUGAAUGGGGCUUGAUUGUGGUAUCUGUUGCCAGUUUUCCCGUGCAGCAUGGAACAUUAUGCAUUUUUUCAUUGUCAGUCUUCAAGCAUUAUAGUGGAAUUUAGGCAUUGACAGGCGAUAUUAGAGCCAUUUUACCCAAUUGCAAUCAGUUUACAUUUGGAUUAUGGUAAAAUAAUUCAUUGGGAAUAAUUUGUAUGUGAUAGGGAUACUUCAUUUAUUCACUGGUUUAUUUGCUGAGCCUGGGGCACACUAUUAAAGUGUACUGAUGUAAAAAAAGAAGUUUUUUUAUUUUUUAUUUCUUUGUUAUUCUGAUUUGCAGGUAAAAUACACAAAAUAUACACUAAUAAUAAACUAUUUCAAAGAGUAAAACUUGCGCAAUGCAGCCAAAGGCAUGAGGUGAUUUUAGAUGCCAUCCCUGUGGAGCUCUUCCUCAUUUUGGUUUGCAUUGUUUGUCUGCAUAAAUUAUCAAUUUUAUUUGCUUAAAUAAAAUAGGACAAAAGGCAAACAUCAAA